AUGACAGAUACUAUAAGUUCUCGUUAUGGUACGACGUAUCUUCUUCAACGAGCUAAAUCAUCAGUUCCUUCAUUUCGUUGUAAACCGGUCGCACCUACUCCACCAUCAAAAAUUCAACGAGAAUCAACCGUUGUAUUGCAUAUUGAUAAGAAUUCUUCAUCAAAUGGCUUUCGAGGAAGUACAGAUUCACUUCAUCGCAGCUGUGAUACUAUUGAACAACAACAACAACAACAACAAAUAUAUGAUAAUCAUGGAUAUAAUAAUGAUAAUCUUGUUACAACAAAAAUAAAACCAUUUAAUAAUAAUCCACCAUUACCUCAAACACAACGAGAGGUUCUUGGUAAUAAUUUUUAUUUUAAUCCAUCAUCACAAACUAAUGGUUGGAAUAAUAUUGAUAAUGAACAAUUAAAUUCUUUAAUGCUUUAUCGUAAUGCUUUAAAACAAAAUUUAACAACAACUUCUAGAACUAAUAGUGCUACUUCAAAAAUACAUUUUGGUCGUAGUGGAGGUCAUUGGCCUCAUAUCAAACAAACAAAUACAUAUUCUGCAGCAAAUCUUUUAUUUAUUGAUGGUACAGUACAAAUUAAUGAUAAUAUAAAAUAUCCAACGCAUCGUUUUGGUCAUUUUCCGAUGCUACGAGCACAACAUUCAUUUACAUCAUCAUCAAAUCAAGAUUUAUCAAAUAAAACACCAAAUUUAACAACAAAAUCAUUAGAUUCUAUGACAUGGUCAGCAACAGAUCAAAUUAAUCAGCGACCAUCUUUAUCACAAUAUUCAAAUCGUUAUGAACGUCAUGCAAAAGAUGGUUUUGCUUAUUGGCCAACAGAUGUAACCUAUAACAAACCACGAUGUAAACCAGGAACUACUGGAACAUAUAAAAGAUGGCUUGGUUUAAGUGAUUCUAUUCUUAAACUUUAA